UCUCGGUCCUUCACUGUACACAUGGCUGCAGGUCGAGCAUGGAUAAGUUAACUAAUCAGCUGUGUGUGUGUCUGUGAUUGUUUAGGACUUUGUUAUAGUCAUCACGUGUGUUGUAGGCUUCACAAACGGAUACGUAAAUAGUUCCUGUAGAAACCUUAACAUGGUUUGGAUUAGCAGAGUGUGUUACAGGAAGUACGGGAACUUUCUGGAUAACCUGCGGCUGUAUGUAAGAGGUGGGAGCGGUGGCAUGGGCUUACCCCGAAUGGGAGGACAAGGUGGAAAUGGAGGAGAUGUGUGGGUGGUGGCUAAAAAGGAUCUUACUUUGAAACGCAUCAAAGAUAGAUGCCCACAUAAACGAUUCGUGGCUGGUGUGGGCAACAACAGCAGUAUCCGUGCACUGAAAGGUGCACAAGGGGAUGAUGUGGAAAUCUUUGCUCCCACUGGAAUCUGUGUGACCACAGAUGAUGGGAUGCCUCUUGGAGAGUUGAACCAUGAAGGAGAAAAGGUUCUAGUAGCCAGAGGUGGACUCGGUGGAUCUCUUCACUCUGAGUUUUUACCCAGUAAAGGGCAGACCCGGCACAUCCGUCUGGAUCUACGGCUCAUCGCAGACCUGGGCCUAGUGGGGUUUCCUAAUGCGGGUAAAUCCUCUUUAUUGACGGCCCUGUCACACGCCACACCUCAGAUUGCCAGCUACCCGUUCACAACUUUGAGACCUGAGAUUGGCAAGGUGAUGUAUGAGGACCAUAAGCAGGUGUCAGUGGCAGAUUUGCCUGGCUUGAUCGAGGGUGCUCACAUGAACCGAGGCAUGGGCCACAAGUUCCUAAAACAUGUGGAAAGAACGAAACAGCUCAUGUUUGUGGUCGACAUCUGUGGGUUUCAGCUGGCCAGCAAAACACCAUUUAGACCAGCAUUUGAAGCAGUGCAGCUACUGACAAAGGAACUGGAGCUCUAUAAGGAGGAACUGCUCUCCAAACCAGCCAUCCUGGUGGUUAAUAAGAUGGACCUGCCUGAUGCUGAGGAGAAGCUCAGAGAGUUGGAGACCCAGCUGGAGAAUCAGGAGGAAUUCAGUCACCUCCUGCCUGAGGACAUGAUCCCCAAGAGCUUCCUCCAUUUUAAACACACUGUUCCUGUUUCAGCCCUGACUGGCCUGGGGCUGCCCUAUCUUAAAGCAGUCAUCCGCAAGUCCCUGGAAGAGCAAGAAGCUAUAAAAUCAGAGCAGCAGCGCAUAGAGAAGCUUGAGGAUCUGAGAAGGAAGAUUCCUGUUGUUUCCAAGCCCGUUUGGGGCCAGACUCGCUCAGAGCCCUAAAAGUAGAACUAAAUUUACGAGAUGGGACGUAAUGCCCAUUAUUGCCACCAAAUGGCUACCACUUUACUGGAACAAUAAUCGUGAAAUUGGUUCAGCAGUGCUGCACUGGACUCUCACUGGAUAUAUAUGCACUAAUAUCACGAGUCUCUUCUCAGACAUGCUGGUUUUGUGAGAUCUAUUUAAUGGUUGGAAUACAAAAUGAAAAAAAAAAAGUUUAUGGCUUUAAUGCUUUUUUACAUUUGUCUCUUGAUUUAGGUAUUGUAAAUAAAAGUGUGCUUCUCUGUUUUACAGA